ACGUUACAAACUUUUCGUCGUACAACCUAAUCGAAGUUCACUUUCGUAGAGUUUUAAAAUUGUACUCUCCUAAAAAUGAAAUUAUCCAAGUUAAUACUUUAAUAAUAGUGUAAAGGCGUAGUGGCAUCGCAUUAGCGUCAGUGAAGAGUGAAUUUAACUUAAAAUAAAUCAAUUGUGCAUUGAAAAGACAAAAGAAAAAACAAACACAUUGUGCAACAUCAUGACGACUUUAUUUUGGAUGGAUUUUUCUGAUGACUCGUACAAUAGGACAACAUUGUGGCGAAUGCUUGUUUUCUUUAUCCUUUAUGUAUCAUGUUACAAAUUAUUGAGGAAGAAACUUAAAGAAAGUCCAGAAUAUUGCUGUCGCCUUGUGACAUUCGCACAUGGACUCAUAGCAAGUACCGUUUCAUGUUGUUAUAUCAUGCUACCAGCCCUUGGUUAUUACAAAGUUGAUUCAAUUCCAUCACCGUUCAUUCUCAGUCAUAGUAUGGGCUUCUUCAUGUUUGAUCUCUUUUGGUGCUUUGCUCAUGGCGAGACGUGGGUCAUGUAUUUUCAUCACAUCCUAACUGUUACGGGACUUUUUUAUUAUUUAUUUAAGCUAGAAAAACAAUAUUUUAUUGUUUAUGCUAUAGGAUUAACAGAGUUUACAAAUCCUUUACUACAAACACGCUGGUUCUUAAAACACUAUGAUAUGCGAGAUACUUGGACUUUCAAAAUUGUCGAAUAUCUUUUCUUCAUAAGUUUUUACGCUAUUCGAUUAAUUGUACUAUCAUAUUAUUCAUACGAAGGUUGGUUCAAUGAAUCUUUAGGCUUCACAACAGAUGACUUGAUAUUCACUACGCUUGGUGCUUUGACUGGUUACGCAUUAGCAUAUCAAAUGGCAAGCUACAUAGUUUAUCAAGUUAAGAAAACUCGAAAAGAGGAACAAGAAGAACAAAAACUCAAGGAACAAUAAAAAUAGAAAUUGAGAUGAUGAUUGCCUAAAAGCAUUAUAGCUUCUAGUUUAAAAAAGCUUUAAAUAUGAAUUUAUUUAUUUUGUACGGAUUUGUAUGAAAACAUUCUCAUGCAUGUGUUCUUUCAAAUCUUGUUGGUUUACAGCAAUGAGUUCCAAUAAAACGAUGGUUUUAUAAAUGGUUUUAACAUUAUUAA